GGGAGUGCAUGAGACUGCUUGUGGCCUGAUGAUAUGAUCUGGCUGACAGAAGAAAUCUUGGGAGUGUGAUUUGCAAUCGACCUUAGAAUGUCGAUGGAAUUGCGCAGGAGUCUGCGUGGAAGAUCGAUCCCAAGCAAGCGCCAUACCGAAUGUGAUUGAGUUUCAAUCAUGCAGCUUUAGAAUACCAGGGUCCAAUGGUCCACGAGCUGAACUCAAGGGUGAUGAGGGGUUUAACAAGGAUAGAAAUAAAGCACGUCCCUCGAGAACAAGGACCGUUCUUUGCUUUUGCCCCUCGCCUGUUACCUGUUUUCGUCUGUCAUUGAGUUGAUCAAUAUGUCCGCCUACAACGUCAAGGGCAAGAAUGCCAUUGUAACUGGCGCAGGUUCUGGUAUUUGCCUGGCCUUCGCCCAGCAGCUGCUUGAAAAUGGGUGCUCCGUUGUGAUAGCUGAUCUCAAACUCCGCCCAGAAGCAGAGGAUCUCGUCAACAAAUGGGCCACCACUGAGAGCGGCAAGCCCACUGUUCACUUUCAUCAAACUGAUGUUAGUGACUGGGCUCAACUUUCAUCUUUAUGGGACGUAGCGCUUGGGAAGCUUGGCCAGAUCGACAUCGUCUGCAACGGCGCUGGCAUUUAUGAACCCCCAUCAAGCACCUUCUGGAACCCUCCCGGAGUCUCUUCUUUAUCCGAGGAUAAGGCCGACGGUAAUCCGGGUGUGUACAAGACCUUUGCUGUGAAUGCACUUGGUCCUAUCAGGUUGGCACAGAUUGCUAUGGACUACUGGCUACAGAACCGUAACGUGCAAGGCAACCUCCUCUGGGUCGCCAGUUGUGGAGGAUACAUGCACUCGCUACAGACGCCGCUUUACUUCGCUAGCAAAGCGGCCAUAGUUAGUUUCGUCAAAUCGCUGUCGAGUGUCCGCAAGCGAUUCGGCAUUCGAAAUGCAGCCGUCUGUCCAGGUGCAGUGCACACGCCCAUAUUUCACCCGGAAUACUGCCGUGACAGAAUGCCACCAUCUACUCUGGGACUCACCGCAGAACAAUGCGCAAGUGUCAUGUUCCAGGUGCUCACCGAAGAGAAAUACGGUGAUGGAAAUAUCGUUGAGACGGCGCUUAUCGGGAACAGAGAGAGCAAUUCGGUCAAUGUGCGAGAGGUUCCCAUGGAAGCUCUAUAUCCUACUGUCGUGGCUGAGGGUUCUCAUGAUGGUCUUUAUGAAGGAGAAGAGAAGUUGGCGAAACAACUUGCGGAAAAGGGAAUGAGAGAAUGAGAUGAGAUAGCCUUGAGAUAAAUAAGACAACGACCUUUUCUCUGGAUAUUUGAUGCUGACUGUGUCAUGGCCAGUAAGUAGUAUGCUUACUGUUGACAGCUAAUCACGCUUACGCUUGGCUUUGCUUUAUUGCGGAUCUGAGGCGGGUUCUGUGCGGAUUCGAGGGUCAUAAUACUAGAGUUUGUCAGCAUGGGUAUCAUUUAGACGAUUAUCUCGUUACAUUCGAGAUCCUUUGAUGAGAAUAUGACGUUAUUGGGUUGCUGAUUUGUCAUACCAGAAUGGGAACAAUAAGAUAAAGAUGUUGCCUAUGCUCGUAGUUGAACCAUUACUCUUGCCUGC